AAUCACUUCUUCACGUCGUCGCUGGAUGCAAGACCUACCUAAAUGUAGGACGUUUCACGUGGCGUCAUGAUUCGGUGCUUAACUUCAUAGCAUCCAUACUUAAAUCUGUGAACCAUUGUAACCUUUAUGCUGACCUUCCUGGCUAUAUCAGUCCAUCUGUUAUCACCGGAGAUGAAUUGCGCCCUGAUCUUUUGAUAACACUUGAAAACAAAUGUAUUUAUAUACUUGAACUUACCGUCGGAUUUGAAUCUAAUCUCACUAAUGCAACUCGAAAAAGACAAAAAUAUCAAGAUCUAAUUAACGAACAGCUCAAAAAUUAUGAAAAAGUGAAAUUUGUAAAUUUAUCGAUUAGCUCAUUAGGAGUUUUCAGCCACCCGUCGCUAGAUUUCACCGAAAUGCUGAAAGAUCUAAAGUUUGAUGAACAAUGUAGAAAGUACUAUGUUCGGAAAAUUAUUAAUAUAUGUAUCAGGUCCUCGUAUUAUAUAUUCUGUAAGCGUAACAAAGAAUGGGAUAACCCACAACUAAUAUCAUACUAA